UGAUAACUUCACCUGUUGACAGAAGUCGAAGCCCCUUGGCUUGACUCGUGGUCAGAGGGAGUUUCUUUCGCAUCUAACGUGCGUCUCUCUCAGAUCCCCUUGCCUCCAGACGAAUCUCCACCAUGAGUUACCCUGGAUACCCACCCCAGCAAGGGUGCCCACAACCACCAACCCAGCAAGGGUACCCACAACCACCACCCCAGCAAGGGCCCUACCAGCAGGGGUCCUACCCACCACCACCCCAGCAAGGGCCUUACCAGCAGGGGCCCUACCCAUCACCACCCCAACAAGGCGGUUACCCAGCCCAACAAGGCCCAUACCUACAACCAACCCAACAAGGCCCAUACCCAGCACCCCAGCAAGGCCCAUACCCAGCACCCCAGCAAGGGCCCUACCCAACACCCCAACCAGGGGGCUACCCACCCCCACCCCAGCAAGGGCCAUAUCCACAACCACAUGGGGGCUACCCACCCCAGCAUGGUCCCUACCUACAACCACAACCAGGCACCUACCCACCCCAGGCUGGAGGCUAUCCUCCACAGCAAGGUGGCUACCCUGGCCAGCCUGGGAGUUAUCCUUCUCCACAGCCUCCACCUCACGGCAGAUACCCUCCACCUCCUGCUGGGGGCUACGCACCUCCCCCUGGACCUCAGCCACCUCCAGGUGGUUGGGGGCCACCAGGACAAGCAGCACCUCAACCACCAGCAGCUGGGCCCCCUCCCGCUCCACCUCAGCCUCAGCCUCAGCCGAUGCCAGAGUACAACAGUGCCCCCUCUGGCUCCUCUAUGCCAGUGGCACCACCCAUAGACAGAGGAUACCGAGGCUCCAUCAAGGAUUUCCCUGGAGCAGAUCCAUUGAAAGAUGUUGAAGUUCUGAGGACAGCCAUGAAGGGGUUUGGUACUGACGAGUGUGCCAUCAUCGAGCUUCUGGGAAGUCGCACUAGCAAGCAGAGGGUGCCACUGGUAGCAGGUUACAAAACCAGCUUUGGAAAAGACCUAAUUAAAGACCUGAAGGCUGAGAUCAGUGGAAACCUGGAGCUACUGGUACUGGCCAUGCUGAAACCCCAGGCCGAGUUGGAUGCAUUCGAGAUCCGAGAUGCCAUUAGGGGACUGACUACUGAUGAAGUCUGCCUGAUUGAGAUCCUUUCGUCUCGCACCAAUGCAGAGAUUCAGGAGAUUAACAAGAUCUUCAAAGCAGCAUUUGAGAUUCCCCUGGACAAAGCAAUUGAAAACGAAACCUCUGGACACUUCCGAAGGCUCCUCAUCUCCCUCGCUCAGGGUAACCGUGCCGAAAAAGACCAACCGGAUGAAUCAGAGGUUAAACUGGAUGCCCAGAAACUGUACGAGGCUGGGGAAGACAGGUUUGGAGCUGAUGAAUCCCAGUUCAAUGCCAUCCUGUGUGCCCGCAGCACUGCUCACCUGAAGGCCGUGUUUCAUGAGUAUCAGCAGAUGUGUGGGAUUCCAAUUGAGCAGAGUAUCUGCAAUGAGAUGUCUGGAAACCUGAGAGAGGGCAUGCUAGCAGUGGUGAAGUGCAUCAAGAAAAGUUCAGUUUUCUUUGCUGAGGGUCUGCACAAAGCUCUGGGGGGGGUGGGGACGAAGGACAACAUGCUGAUCCGCAUCAUGGUGACGCGCUCAGAGGUGGACAUGUUGGACAUCCGGCAGGAGUACAAGCGCCUCUAUGGGAAGUCCCUCUUCGAUGCCAUCUGCAGUAACACCUCAGGUGACUACAGGGCACUUCUCCUGAAGCUUUGUGGAGGGCAGGACUGAUGAGCACAGGGACGUCUGCCUGCUGAGACACCUGCUGCACCACGGAGCCAUGGGCCACGAGCCAUGAGCAGCACCAAUAAAGCAUUUUAA